ACGAGAAGUGGCUCUCCGCGAAUGAACGGGCUCAGUCCUUAUCCGAACCCAAAGUAGUCAAGGUCUAGUCAAGCGGUCCGUUCCAAUUUCGAUUAUUACUUGGCGAUCAACACCGAUUAUAUAUACGAUUCGCAGUGUAUCAAGUGCUCGGACGGAAUACAAAUAGCUGUUGAGUGUUUUUAAAUCGGACGAAAACUACAGUGAGAAUGCCUCGCAUAGCGUAUGAAGAUUUCCUUGCACAACGUGCAGAGUUCGUUAGCCAGGAAGAAAGUCGCGCCCUUGGCUCGGAUGUGGUGCUGAAUGAAGAUGAGCAAAAGGUCAACGAAUAUCUGAUGACACUAAAGAAAGCCGAAUUGGAAGAGGGAUUCAAAUCGCCCAUAGCGUUUGCCCCGUCUCGACAUUUCUUCAAAGUGCUGGAUCAAAUCAAGAACUCGCCGCUCUUCCAGUUGAUCCAAAAGAUGCCAAAGGGCGGUAUUCUACACGCCCACGAUACUGCCAUCGGAAGCAUGGAAACUGUUAUCAAAGCAACUUACCAGAAGAACCUAUGGCAGAACGGAGAAUUUGGACGUGCCAGUCCUCCGCACUUUAAAUUCUCAAAAACUCAACCAGAACCUUUGGAUGCCGUUGAGUGGCGAUCGGUUUCAGAUGUGCGAAAAGAACUUGGCAAUGAAGGCUUCGAUCAAAAUCUAAGGGAACUUCUUUCCCUAUUCGUACCAGAUCCAGAAGUCGCGUACCCUUGUAUAAAUCAUGCUUGGGGACGAUUUUUCAAUAUGUUCAUCUCCCUAGAACCAAUUGUCACUUUCAAACCCGUUUGGGAGGAAUACUAUACCAAUACUCUGAAGGAACUAUACGCAGACAAUGUGACUUAUCUUGAAUUCCGCGGCGUCCUGCCACCGGUAUACGACCUAGAAGGCAAAAUUUAUUCACCCGAAGAAGUGGUACAAAUCUACUACGACCUUUCGGAGAAGUUCAAACAAGAACACCCGGACUUCGUGGGAGUGAAAUUCAUCUACGCGCCGAUUCGUGCCGCUGACGACUCUACCUUCGAUGGAUAUCUACAGGAGGCGGAAAACUUGCACAAAAAGUUCCCCACCUUUGUGGCUGGAUUCGACUUGGUCGGACAGGAGGAUUUGGGGCGACCGUUGACAGAUUUCAACGAGCGGUUGCUAAAGAUGAGCCCAACCAUUCAGUUCUUUUUCCAUGCGGGGGAAACCAACUGGAACGGAUUGUCAACUGAUGAUAAUUUGAUUGACGCCGUCCUGCUUGGAGCGAAACGCAUCGGUCACGGAUUUGCCGCCGUUAAACAUCCACGAGUAUUGGAGGAGCUCAAGAAGCGCAACAUCUGUAUCGAGCUCAACCCUGUUUCUAACCAAGUUUUGAAACUGGUGGAUGACUGCCGGAAUCACGUUGGAGCAAUUUACUUCUCGGACAGCUAUCCGGUUGUAGUCUCGUCGGAUGACCCCGCUUUCUGGUGUGCAUCUCCGCUGUCGCACGAUUUCUACGUUGCCUUCCUGGGAUUGGCAUCAGCUCGACAGGAUCUUCGCCUGCUGAAAAAGCUAGCGUUGAACUCAAUCGAGUACAGUGGAAUGUCCAAGGCCGAAAAGGUGGAAGCCAAGCACAAGUGGAGCAUCGCCUGGAAUCACUUCAUCGAUCAGACACUCAAGACUAUCUCCCAGUAAGUGGGAUGGCAUCUUUACCUAACAGUAUUCUCGCACUAUUGUGAAUCUAUCUGUCAGCAUCUGUGCCAUCGGGGAUAUCAGAUUGGCCAUCACUCCACCACGUGAACCCCGAAUUCAAUGUUAUCUCGAGCCGUAUCAUCUCAUGUGGGGCGUUAUCAAAGGGGGACAAUAAACGUAGGCUUUGCCUUGGCAGUGAA